AUGCUUCAGGCCGAACGAAGCAGAAGGCGUAGAAAUAGCAUUUCCUAUGAAGAAAGGCAGGAGGAAACCGCACGACAAAUUGCACGACGCAAUCAAUUGAAGUUUCAGCGAUACAAUGAUGCCAUCAAACAGGGACCAACGAGGAUUUGUACAUGUUGCGGCGGAUUAUGGUUUCCCCAUCAAGUGGAAUCCUUACACAAAGAAGAUAUCCCGAGUCCUCUAAAAGACUUAACGUCGGUAGAGGAACGAUUGGUCACAGCACGAUUGCCUUUCAUGAUAAUCGUUGCUCUAGGUUUCGAAAGACAAAGUGCUAUUCGCGGAGCAGUAGUCAACGUGCCGAUAUCUGUUAGUGAAACAGUAACGUCCCUUCCAAGAAACUUCGAUCAAGCUCAGGUUAUUCAAUUGCACCUUAAACGUCGCAUGGCAUAUCAGCAUGAUUAUAUGACUGAAACAAUCAGACCAGCGAAGGUAAUUGAUGCAGCCAGGUAUUUGAUUAACACUGAGUUGUAUAUCAAACAUGGUAUUACAAUUGACGAAAGUUGGUUUGAAGGUUGUAAUUCUUCACUGGUCGUUCCGUUUGUGGCUAAUCAGGAAGAUCGGGAAGAAAUUCAAAAUAUUUUCGAAAAUCAGCUAUCUACUGAAGCCACUGUCGAUGAUAUUCAGCACGUCGAAGAAUAUGCAAUGGAAAAUCUCAAUCCUGGUGGACAACAAACAAUGUUGGAAUGUAGAGCUGUUGAAAAUGUACCUCACCAACGAGUUGUAAUGGCUCCAGGCGAAGGUCGUCGUCCAAUAGAUAUGAUAAUGGAUACAGAUUCUGAAGAGUUGGCCUUUGUUUCUAUCUAUUGCGGUAAAAAACGUUCCUGUACUGAAACCUAUUCAAAAAUUGUCCGCUCUGAACUCCGACGUUAUGACAGACGAUGCUGUAGAGUAGAUAAAAUACUUUACAGUUACAAAAAACUAGAACUUUUAACCAUUAAAAGUGCAAUGUCAAUCGCUCUGAGAAAACAUACACGAUCUGGAAAUGUUACAGCCAGAAAUGCUUUAGACGAGUCAUAUAUGAAUAGUCUAAUUCAACACGAUGACGGCUAUCGCAUCCUCAAAGGAGUAAGAACGUCACCAGCUCACUGGGAAGGAGAAAAAAAGAAAGCCGUUGCCAUGAUCAGACAGUUCGGUCUUCCAACGUUUUUUAUAACAUUAUCUGCAGCCGAAACAAAAUGGGUAGAACUGUUAGUAAUUCUGAGUAAAACUGUUGACAAAAUUGACAUAUCCGAAGAAGAUGCUUCAAAUCUGUCAUUCGCUGAUAAAGCUCGAUUGAUCCGAAGUGACGCGAUUACAUGCUCCCGCUACUUUGAUUUCCGUUUCAGGCAAUUAUUUUCUUUAUUUAAAAUGAAUGGUGGAAUUUUCGACAAUCAUUUUGUAGAGAAAUACUAUUGGAGAGUUGAAUUUCAACAACGUGGUUCUCCGCACAUUCAUGGCAUGUAUUGGCUUAAGGAUGCACCCAAAAUAGAUCUAAAUAAUUCUUCGUCUUUUUCGUCUGUAAUUACUUUUAUAGAUAAAUAUAUUUCCACAGACGGUUCUGAUGGAAAUUUACAGGAAUUUAUAUCAUAUCAGCGCCACAACCACAAUCGUUCCUGUAUCAGAGAAUUUCGUGGUGAAAAGAUUUGCCGAAUACUUCGUGAUGCUGUCGACGAGAUAAGAGCUGGUAAUUAUUCUAUAAAGCAAAAGUUACAGCACAUUGCUCAUAAGUUUAUCUCGGGUACUGAAAUAUCAGCUCAAGAAGCCACUUAUUGCUGUUUAGGAAUGCGGCUUUCCGAAAGUAGUAACGCUGAGGUUUAUAUCAAUACCGGGCGACCGGAGGAACGAGUAUUUAUUUUGAGACCUCGAGAACAGUUACUGAACUUACCUCCCGAUUCCUCUGAUAUUUAUGCUGUCGGUAUUUUGGAACACUAUAUUCAAAGACCUGAUGAACUAGAAGAUUUAUGUUUGGCAGACUUUGCAGCCAAUUAUAAAUAUUCCAGAACCCGCAGAAACAAUGCCAGUACAGGGGACUACGAAGAGCAUGACGACCACGAAGAAAAUUCUGAGCAAACUUUACGCAUUUUCCAAUUGAAGGAUAAUAGUGGAUUCAUCCAAGAAAAAGUUAAGCCUCAUGUUAUUCGUUACAGACGAUAUAACGUUAACACUCACAAAAGUGACUAUUUUAGAGAGCUCAUGAUGCUGUUCUAUCCUUGGAGAAAUGAAGAUGUUGACUUACUUCAAAAUGACAACGAAGCUUCCUGUAAUGCUUUUAAAGAACGUAUUGAGUUGAACAGAAAAAAAUACGAUGUAUUUGAGGAUCGAGAACUCGAAAAUGUUCUUCAGCGUCUAAGAGAUGAAGAGAGAAUAGAAGAUAUUACCGAGGAAGAAGAAAUACGAAAUGUUGAUGACGAAUUCAGAGUUCUUGGGGUGCCAGACAUAGAUCCGAAUGUAAACAUAUUACAUACGCAGGGUGAUGGCACAUCGAAUGAAAAUUCUGAAGCGUCUAUCCGGAUAAUUAAACUUCCUCCUUUAAUGUCUGAUUCCGAUCUCCUGAAUAUGGUUCGAACCUUGAAUACAAAGCAAAAGUUGUACUUAACACAUCUUUCCCAUAAUAUAAAAUGUGGAUCAACAUUUUAUGAAUUUGUAGGUGGUGGUGCAGGUGUUGGGAAAAGUAGAUUAAUAUCGGCUAUCUAUCAAACCGUUAACAGAAGGCUCAAUACUAUCCCAGGGUCCGACCCAACUUCAAUAAAAGUGCUAUUGACAGCUCCUACAGGUAAAGCUGCAUUUGGCAUUGGUGGUGCAACAUUGCAUUCAAUGUUUUCCCUUCCCGUUAAUCAGUCAAAUUCAGAACUGAGGCCGUUAGGUCCUGAUGCUUUAAAUUCAAUUUACACCAAACUUAUGAAUUUGAGGUUACUGAUUAUAGACGAAGUAUCAAUGGUAGGGGCAAAAAUGUUUUCGUACUUAGAUGCUCGAUUAAAGCAAAUAUUCAAAAGUUCUGAAUAUUUUGGCGGUAUAUCGGUACUAGUAUUUGGGGACUUAAUGCAACUUUCGCCUGUUGGUGAUCGGUGGAUAUUUGCAGCACCAACGACUGAUCCAUACGGUACAAUAUAUGGAACCAGCACGUGGGACAAAUUCAAGUAUUUUGAACUCACAGAAAUAAUGCGUCAAAGAGAAGAUCGAUCGUUUGCUAUUGCUCUUAAUAAUAUGGCUUCUGGACAAAUGACAAAUGAUGACGUUUCCCUUUUGCGACAGCGCAUUGUAUCACCGGCUGCUGUUCCUGAUGAAGCCAUUCAUCUGUUUUGCUCCAAUGAUGAAGUCAACAUAUUCAAUACUUUGAAGUUGAGCUCUAUUCCUACAGAAGAGGUACUGUCAACUGCAUGUGAUUUUGUGAAAUCCACGGGGUUAACAGACGAAAAUAGGAACCGAAUCAUGGAAUCUGUUAAAACAUUUAAAGUCUCAGAAACUCAAGGUUUACCAUAUCAGUUGAUAUUAAAAACUACAGCCAAAUAUAUGGUAACUGUUAAUAUUGACACCAGUGAUGGUUUGGUGAAUGGAGCUACUGGCCAACUAAUGGAAAUCGAUUUCAUCGGCACAACAAGAAAGCCUUCUACUCUUUGGAUGAAAUUUCCUCAGGAAAAUACAGGAGUUUUAGCCCGUUCCAAAAAAAGACAUCCGAGUGAAUCAUUAUGGACACCAAUUGAUGUUUGUGUAAAAACGUUUCAAUUCAAACGUAAUGAACACGUAAAUAUUGAUCUUAAGUAA